UGUGUCUUCUUCUAGCUCAUGACGGCCGUGUGCGCUGGUAUGUAUCCGAGUGCUAGUGAUGCAGCAUGCGACGUUUGUCAGCGAGACAUUGAGACACAACAAGACAAAAUAGAAUGCCCUCGUCCCCCGACACGGCACCGGACUUUUCGUCCCGGGCUCUGCCGCCCGCGGAACCGAGUACCUUGGCUUCCGACAGACGGAAAAAAUGGUGGCUGGGUGUGGCCUACAUCCUGAUUGUUGCGGUCAUUUGGACGGCGGCGAGUGUUUUGAAGCAGUUUAUCUUCCACACCAUGGAGUUUAACCACCCGCUGUUUGUGACCGUGUUCUGCAACGCAUGCUAUGUCGUGCAAUUUUUCUCUGUGUUUGUCGUCACGUGGAGAGGGAAACAGAAAAAAAGUGGACAAGCGGCCCGCAGUGCGGAAAGACGUGGAGAUGACAAGAGCCCUGCUGUUGAUCCGGAGAACCCAGACGAGGAAGCUGACUGGCCAACAGCGCAGUACAACGAGAACGCUCAACAUAGUCCGGGAGGAGCGGUAUCGUCUUCAGAAAUCGGCGUAGCGGUCGAUCAGCCAGCAGUACUACCUCAUCUAGCAGGGAUCACAGUCGCAGACGACAACACAACAACUGCCACAGACGGAACAAGUACAGCAACAAGCACCUUCGAAAGACCACUGAUAGCCAAUCAGGGAACGACAAAUCAUAAUCACGAAACAAACAUAUUAACCGAACAGCGGCCGAGAAUUUGGGACCGACGGCACGCUUUUCUCGCACUGUUGAUCUCCCCGAUCUGGUUCAUCGCGCAGUGGAGCUACGCGCAAGGCCUGAAUUUGACCAGUGUCACCUCCUCGACGGUGAUAUCCACAACGAGUUGCGUGCCGACGUUUUUGCUGUCGCUCUUGUUUCUGCGAGAAAAACAGACCGGGGCGAAGUGGCUCGGCGUCAUUUUCUGCGUUGUGGGAAAUGUGAUUGUCGCACUGUCAUCAUCCGGUGCGCCGGGUGGAGAAGCGAGUACAACAGGAACCACUUCCGGUGAAGCGAACAACAAGCCGACUACCAUGUCAUCUGAUACAACUGCAGCUACCUCUAGUACUUCCAGCAAAGAGGACGAACUCUUUCUCUUCCUACUUUCAUCGUCCCAAACAACUUCCGGUGCUAAAGACGCGACCCUGGUCGGGGACGUUCUGUGCCUCAUCAGCACGGUGUUCUACGCCAGCUACGUGACGAUUAUCAAAAAGCACGUGACGAAACCCCUCUGGCUGUUCGCGUACCUAGGGCUGUACGUGUUCAUUAUCGGGUUCCCCUUGGCUUACGCGUUCGACCCCGAGCCUUUCCACGAAUUAAACUGGACGAUUGUCGGGCUACUACUUCUGAACGGCAUCGGCGACAACGUGUUGGCGCAGUACUUCUGGGCCUACGCCGUGCUGUACAGUUCGCCGACCGUGGCGACCGUCGGACUGUCUUUCACGAUACCGCUUUCCAUGCUGUCCGACUUGUUCUUCAGCAGCGUCGGGGUGAGUAUAUGGCAAGUGCUGGCGGCGAUAAGUGUCACUUUUGGAUUCGUGAUCUUGUCGAUGAACAGUAGCAGCUCUGCGUGAUCGGGAAUUUUCUUCAAAAAACAAAGCCGUUGGUCGCUUUUCAACCGAAAGAACGAGAUUGAUAAAUGAACCGCUUCAUCUCCGAGAGAGCUGCCGACGUCUUGGCACUUUUUUCGCAAGAAUGUUUUUUUGGCCUGUACGACGAACAAACAGCACGAAUUAUGUACGAU